AUUUUUCAGUUUUCUAAAGAUUCUUUGAGUUGUGGAUGUUCGAAUUGUGUGCGGAUUAUUUGUAUUUGAGAUGCUAAUUUUCUCCUAUUUUAUUACUGAUUAUUGGACGUUUUGUGACACAAAUAGUUUUUGAUAUAUAUUACACAGUUUUUUUUUCUUAUUGAAAGUAGUGUUUUGCGUAUAUCAGUGCUUUUAUUUGCGUAGAAUCUUGAGUGGUUGUGUAUGGUGGUCGGCUCUUCAAGAUUUUGUGCUUCAGUCGGCUUCAUAUAAAUUCAAGGAACUUGUUAUGAGCCUCGAUGUGAUGUGCUCCCGAUAGGGUUAUGGUGCCAGCUGUUGCGGCGAAUAUGGCUUCAUAAGUCAAAGAAGGAUUUAUCUUUGUGCUCAUGUAUUAAUAAUGCAAUGUCAUAGUGGUUCAGAGAUAAACCGCGAUGGGUGGCGUGGGCGUAUCCGAGGAGUACGUCCCGCCGCGGCUUUCGCGGCUGCUGCACGCGCUGCCUCACAUCAACGUCACGUUGCAUCGAGUCAACGACACCUUUGCGCCAAACUCCCCUAUCUACCUAGAGAGCCUCGGAAUCUUGGGUUCGAUUCCCGGCGCAUGGCUGAUCCUCACACUUACAGUGCUGCUCAUUUACUUGCUCACGAGAUGCUGCGAUCGGAAGCAACGACCGCCCAAGAGCAUCACUGCGCUCAAGAUAACACUGAUGAUACUGUCAGUUCUGUGCUGCGGCGCAAUCGGCAUGGGCCUCUUCGGCAACGACGACCUUCACAACGCCAUGCUUCAGAGUAUCCAGGCGGGAAACCAGCUCGCCGCUCUUGUCAACAAUGUUAAGAAUCAGUCAAGUAUAUUAGAAGAAGCGAUGGGAUCACGAGCGCGUGCGCCAUUGGCCCGUCUCGCGGACGCAUUAGACGCACCCGUUGCAAACCAAACAGCGCUUGGUACGCUGUUACGAGCACUUUCAGCGCUGAGAAAUAACGCUAGCGCUGCUGCCUCCGCCGCUGAUAACUUGCGACGCCCGCUGGCUGCGCUGAACCUUGAUUCUUUUAUGAAGCGUGUAUGGGUGUGGGAGGCAGCUCGUUGGGCGGGUGGAAUGGCGGGAUGGUGCUGCGGUGGUGCCGUUUGCGUCGCACUUCUUGCGGCUGCCGCUCGACGGUCGCGACCUGCUCUGCUUUCGCUUUGUGUAUGUGCGCUGGGUGCACUAGUAGCGUGCUGGGCAGCGGGUGCGGCGUUGGUAGCGGGAUCUGUAGCGGCGGCUGACGCCUGCCAAGAACCCGCUCGCGCUGUUGCAUUGUACGCACCGCAUCGUCUACCACUUGACAUGGUCCAUUACUACCUUUCGUGCAAGGUGUCUCGCGAGAACGUGCUGACAGCGGAGCUGAGGAACGCACAACGCGCGGUCGUCGCCGUAAGGCAGGCCCUCGCCAUCCUCUCUAGAGGCGCUCCGGAACUGUUCAAUGACCCUGGUCUGCAACCAGCCUUGGGUGCGCUCGGAGCUGGUACAGGCGAAGCAGAGCGUGCUCUUGUGUCUUUGAGCUCGGCCCUCGAAUGUCGCACGGCUCGUACCUACUUCGUCACCGCCGCACGCGCAGCUUGCGAUGCUGGUCUUCAGGCACUGACCCUUCAGCUGUUAGCUGCGAUAGUGGCCGGAAUCUUAUUCACCGCUAUUGUUCUAGUCGACUCCCACGCUUGGAUAUAUAUUAACACAAAGAUAGGGAGGCAAUCGAGCCUACGGGACGCCCAAAAAGGGCAGUCAUCGCAGCCCAUGGACACCCAUUAUAGUGGACGAGCCCCUAGCGGUGAGGAGCAGGCCCCGUUCUUAGGCGGGGCUGGAUCUCGGACUCUGCCCCGCCCGGCACCAUUUCCUAAUGGAAAGCCGCCUUCGUACAGCGCUGCCGUGCAACUCAUGGACCUCAACGACAGACCUGAUCGAGAACGACCCAGGUCGCGUAUAUCAGGCAGUGCAACGCUAGGCCGUAACAGCGGCGGUGUGGGCGGGGUGGAAAGGGCGGGCGGCUUGGGUUUGGGCGGUGCCCAUACUCUAGGUCGAGCCCCUCACAACGGCAAGUAUGCCACCCUCAGCAAGCAGUGCAAGACGCUUGAGAGUAAUGACUUCUACUGAGAACGGCCCGGCGGCGCGCCCGAACACAAUGCUGGUCAGGCGAGCCGCACGGGCAGCCUGAACCGCUUCGACCCUAAGUACGCGUCGUUCGGACCGCGAGCGCCGCGUCCUCGCCCCCCUGCGCCGCCGCCCGCCCUCCACACCUUCUCGCCGGAACCGCCCGCUCACGCGCCGCCCGCCCACGACAAAUACGCUACGGUGCGGCCCCAACGCCGCACGGAUCCGCAACCGCUCUCCGCCGCGGCGUUAGAGUACCGCAGCCUCCAACGCCCGAGAAGACAACCCCACAACAACACCCACAGACGACGCCCGGAACGACACGACCAGAGAGAUCUCUACGCGGUCACCGAGUUGUAGGACCAGCGAGGUACGAAGGUACGGACUUGCGUGCACGGCUGCACGUAUGGCGAUGAGGUUUGACGGAUCCAGUGUAGUAAAUACAAAACUUUGGUUAGUUUAACUGCGAUCCGUUGUGGGAUGUUUCAGUUCGUUACUUGGUACCUUAAUCGAUAAAGUGGUUUCGUUUAUGACUUACGAAGUAAUCCGUACUCGAACGUACAUACGUACGAGAGUACGCACCUAACGUACAAAUUGAUUACCGAUUCUCAAUAUGAACCUUUGUGAAAGCGUCUUUACGAAUAGCUUUUUCUCUAUGCUGGACAUAGAUGUAAGAGCGUAUUAGUAAAAGUAUUGCUUCCGAGUGAUUUUACUUUUGUCUCGAUCAAGAAAGUCUGAAGGAACAGACUAUGGCUGUGUACUCUUAACGACUGAUUUAAGGCGUUAAUUAAUUUCCCAUUAACGAUAAUGUUACUCAAAUUAUUUCGAUUUCUCUUGAGUAAUUAGCUCAAUAUAAAUUUAGUAUAAUCGAUUUAGCUAAAUUUACAACAUUCUGCUAAAAGUAACGUUGUAACACGUUUGACAAAGUUUAGUGCAAAUAAAAAUAUUGGCAUUUAAACGUAAUAUGUAAUUUAUGUAAAGUAGUCUGGCGAGUAGAGGCUCGGAGCCUAAAGUAGUCAUUGUAUAUAACUAGGAAUUAUCUCGUAAUGAACAGGCUUUGUGUGACUUUUAAUCUUUUGAAUAUUUAUUGAUGAAUGAUAAUGCACUUUUUUACAAAUUACUCGGUUCUAGCCGAUUUUUAAUUAGGUAUAGCGUGGACCUAAUUGUAUAUAACGUUUCUUAACUAUUCUAAGGGCAUUCCACCGUAAUUGUAGAAUGUGAAUUGGACUUAGCGGUGUUGAGGUGCAAAACUACUGCCAAUCGAAAGCUAGGUUAGGUUCUCACAAAUCUAACACCAUUUAGGUUUAAGCGGAUAAGAUUGCGAAAAUCAAAACCACGUUUUGGCAUUUUUUCUAUUUUCAUUGGCCUAUUGAAUAUUUGGACAAUAUUUUCUGUAAUUUUCGCGAUCUUUACUCCAGUGUUUGUUCUUCCAAUGCUUAAUAUGCUCAGUGGAGUGGAAUACUAGCACAAAACAACAAUUUCACGAAUUUUAUGACAAUCUAUUAGAGCUUCCUUUAAAGUGAAGCCCGUUUCUAAUUCAUAUAAAACUUGUCUUUUAAAGCUAAAUCCUUCUAUCGAAUUGUAUUUUCAAACUGAUGAAAAGAGACAGAUCAUUGUUAAAUUUUAGUUUUGGAGAUGGGAAAUUUUUGCAUAGUUGUGUGUGUAUGGCAUUGGCAUGUAUUCUACUCGUGCAGAUUUCGAGGUAUUGCAUUGGUCGAACAGCGCUUAGUUAGGCUAGAUGUAAAGCGAAUGGUACCAGUUUUUAUUCAGUAUUAAAAAUAGUGAAUUUUGUGAGAAUUUACAACGACGUUUCAUACGUUUUUAAUGGUAAUCAUUUUAAUAAAGGUACCGUAAGCAGUGUAUUCGCCAAAGAUAUGCAUAAUAUAAGUAGAUAAAGUAAGGUAACGGCUACUAAGGUUAGUUUGUACAAAUAUUAUUUCUCUUUAUGAGUAUAUUGCCUAUUUUGUAUCUAUUAACUUUAAAGUGUUGCUCAAUUUUAUAACUUAUCGUAACAUACUUUUUUGAGCAAAUUCUUUUGUCUGUGGUUUUGAUAACUAGCGGUGUAUACUAAAAGCAAAUUAUAAAUUGUCUAAAGAAAAAGUUACAAACCAUUCUUAUUUAUGCUACUUCGGGUGACGCUAAUGGAAGAAUUCGCUAUCCGAAGGGUGUAAGAUAUUUAUUGCGUUUUUAUAUAAUUAUUUAUCUGUUGUAAAAUAGUGUACAAUUUUCUAUUUAACAUUAAGAAUGAGGGAUGUGUGACGGGUGGAUUUUAUGGACAAACCUAUGCAAUAAAUCAGUGCUGUAGCUUUGCCAUUUAAGACAAUUGUCUAUUGUAAUAUCCAGAGACAAAGGUACAGCAUUUAUAAUCUAUACACGGUUUUCAAUGUAAGUAAUGCACACUAUUUAUUAUCUUCAUUAAAUAAUUAGACAGUUAUCAUGUUUUAGAAAUAUACCAAUAUACGUUGCUAGUCGCAAUGUUGCUUUCAGUUAAAUUUUUCAUAUACAAUAUCGUUGGUUAAGUCUGCUAAGCGUGAUGGUAUUAAGAUAUUUUUUCAUUUAACAUUUAUAUAUGUAAAUCUUUCAUUUUCACAAUUCUUCUUAAACUGAAACAAGAAAAUUUGUGAUACUUAUCCAGUUGUCAAUAUACAAACCGAGUGAUUCUUAUCUGUCAAAUGUAAAUUUCAAAGCGUGUUGACACAUUCGCAUUUGAAAUUGAUAGAUUUUAGAACGAGUUUUUUUAUCAAUUACGGAAAUAAGACGUAACUCAAUGUCUCUAUGCGUCUAAUCUGUUUUAUUUCAAUAAAAACAUAAAUUUGGCCUAAAGGUACCAGGCCAGGUAGGUAGAUACCAGGUCAUAAACUCCAAAACAAAAAAAAUACAGAAAACUGAAACUGUUUUUAAGAAAAAGCAAAGUAUGACAAGUCCACUUUAUGUAAUAAGUUCUUUUAAGACAGCCCAUCAAAAGCUUAGCAUACUAAAUCUGGGAUAUCUGUAUUCUAGUAUAAUCUGCACAAUUAUAAAGGUUACCAAGACGAGAAAUUGUUUGAUGAAGCAUUUAGUGUUGCCAUUUAAAAUUUUAUUUAUUUAGGGGAAAUAUUUUCAAAAUAUGGCAGUUUUAUUAAGGUGCCAUAUAUUAUAUGAACGUUUAUACAUUUUUAUGUUGUAUGCAAUACUUUAUGCUUUUUCGAGUCAAUUAUGGUGCGUAUGUUACAAUUUGUAUUUAGUCUUAUUGCGUUGUAAUAAUUACUUAGUCAUUAGAGGGUUUAAUUUACCGCCUACACAGCUAAUUGUUAUUAGCAGAACAAUACCUUGUGAUUCCUGCGUGAUUGUUUUAAAUUAUUUAAAUUAUGGAAAUUAUCACAACGCAAUACGACAAUUUUUCAGGCACUAAUGUGCGAGUGUAAACGGUUGAUGAUUAGAUCAAGUGUACGAGUUUACAAAAAUAAAUAAAUGGAUAAUAAUAA